AUGCCAGUAACAACCCCUGAGAUGAACGAGUUCGCAUCCAACUAUCUGGACUACCUCGUUGAACGGAAGCUAGACGAAGUUUCGACAACCUCAAUCGACGACUCGAACACCCAAUAUACCGGCAUCCAUAGCGGCCUGGGGCCCCCUGACAUGUCUCUGGAAGAAGCUGUUGACCAUCUCAGGACUGUUCCACCCUCGAAAUUCUUUGAUCACAACCCUCAGGGGUGGUAUGAAGGGGACGUUGCAUGGUGGAUUCUUUUCCCCUGGAGCAAAAUGCCCGUGGGAGGAGAAAUUCAUCUGAGGGUUACGCUGAUUGCGAGGCGUGUGGAUGGACAGUGGAAAGCUGUCCAUUGGCAUGUAUCUGAAGCCGUGGAUCGGGCUGCUGAGUUUGGAGAGACCCCACGGCAGUAA